AUGAAAGCCCAACGGAAAGCAUUAACAGAUGGGCCAGAGAGUGCGUAUUUCGAUCUGGAUAGUGAUACAGAGGUUUUCACAGAUGCUAGUCCAGUUGGUAUUGCAGCAGUCUUGGCGCAGAGGAAAAAGGGAGAAGAAAAAAGGGAAAUAAUUGCUUACCCUACUUUUCUCUCGCGUCAUCCCUUAUCUGAUGAGAAACUAAGCAACCGGCAAGAGAAAGUAGCAGAAGAAUUUGUUAAUUACGUUACACAGAACUCGGUACCAAGAACAAUUAGCAGGAAAAAUUUGGAAGAAGCUACAAGUAAAGACAUUACUCUUCGAGCAGUAAUUCAUGCCAUUGAAACAGAAAAUUUACGAGAGAAAGUAGUGAACAUUGCUCAUGAAGGUCAUAUGGGAAUGUCAAAAAUGAAAGCGUUAUUACGUGAAAAGGUACGGUUUCCACGUAUAGAUGAGUUAGUUAAUGGAAAAGUUAAAUCGUGUUUACCCUGUCAGAUUACAACUCCAGUCAGGGAAAAGGAACCAUUGAAAAUGUCAGAGUUGCCAAGAUCUCCUUGGAAAGAACUAAGUAUGGACUUUGGUGUAGCUCCUACAGGCACAGGUGAAUAUUUGUUUGUUUUGUAUGAUGAUUUUUCCAGAUAUCCCAUUGUAGAAGUGAUCCGAUCGACGGCCGCAACGACUGUUAUACCCUGUUUGGAUAAGAUUCUUUCGGAUUUCGGGAUACCAGAUACGAUACGUUCAGACAAUGGACCGCCAUUCAAUAGCAAGGAAUUUUACGAAUUUUCAAAGUAUUUGGGAUUUAAACUCAGAAAAGUUACUCCUUAUUGGCCACGAGCCAACGGGGAAGUGGAAAGACUUAUGCAUACUAUCAAAAAGACAAUAAAGGCUGCGAUAAUGGAGGGGAAAUAUUGGAAGCAAGAAAUCCACAGGAUCCUGCGAAAUUAUCGUGCCACACCUCAUAGUUCAACCAAAAUCUCUCCAUUUAUGGCUUUAUUCGGUCGACCAAUGAAAAAAGAUACGACCAAUAAUCAACAACAAACACCCUAUGAUGGUAAGCCACGUGAAGUCGUGGAAAGAAAAGGUUCAAUAGUAACAGCGAAGAAAGAUAGAAUGUUGUUUACUCGUAAUUCGUCAUUUUUCAAGAAGUUAGAAAAUGGGAAAAGUCUAGAAGAGCCCAUUGAGGAAAGUAUAAAGAAAAAGAACGGCGGUAUCCUUUGCGUACAAGUAAAGCCCCUAUUCCUUACGGACAAGUUGAAAGUUAAUUUAGAGAUAAAAGCUAUUUAG